AUGGAAGAAAAUCCUGUCAAAUGUUUAAUGUGUGGUGUAAAUUAUCAUUCAGAAUCGGACCGACUAAGACAUUUAGAAGGUAAAAGACACAAGAGUAAUUUAGAUAAAGAUUUGGGAGUAUUUCACAAGUCAGUUGAAGUUCGUUGGGACUCGAGAUGGCUAAAGUCAGAAGCUCUUAACCAAUACUUUUCACAAUUUGGGAAUAUAGAAAAAAGUUUUUGUAAUCCUUCGAAAAACUAUGCAUUUUUUUACUUUAACAACUAUGAUACUGUGAAUCAGAUAUUACAAAGAGAAGAUCAUUCUGUUAAUGGAAUUUCAAUUAAAAUAAAGAAACGUUCAAUCGCUCCACCUAAAACAAAAUCAAAAACAACCAUGGAUUACAAUGCUGGGAAAAUCAAAGCACAUACUGAAUUAAUACAGAAGCUUAAGAAUUUGGAUACUAUGACCGAGCAGAUGAAAGCCAUAAGGGAAACUUUAAGACUAACUCCAAGUCAAAUACAAGAAAGAGAAAAUGUAGCUAAGUCAUUGACUGGUAUAUUUCGGAAGUUUAUUCCAGCAUGUUCUGUCCAUCUGUUUGGUUCAUCUGUCAAUGGUUUUGAUAUGAAAGGUGGUGAUAUAGAUUUGUUCUUGGAUUUACAUGAGGAAGAAAUUAAUAUAGAAGAGCAGACAGUGCCUUUUCCUAAAGGCCUGCAGCGUAGACGAUAUAUGGACCAAAAAAAAAUGUUUAAUUUUUAUCAAUUGUCUCUGAUAGACAAGAUUCUUUUCACUGGAACUGUUUUAAGAGCAAGAUCUUCAUUCGCAAGCAAUGUUAUCUGUAUUACUGGAGCUCGGUGUCCUGUUGUAAAAUUUAAGCAUGUUUUAACAGGGCUGGAAUGUGAUAUUUCGAUCAAUAACAGGUUAGCUUUAAGAAACACAAAGUUGUUGGCAUUAUAUGGUAAUUUAGAUGAAAGAGUAAAAGAUCUUGUGUACACUGUUAGAUAUUGGGCCAAGGUACACAAGUUGGCUGGUGAUGUCACCGCAGGCUUAUCAAGUUAUGCCUUGACUUCAUUAGUCAUAUUUUUUCUACAAAAUACAAGCCCUCCAGUUCUGCCCAAAUUACAGAGUUUGAAAAGUUUGACAGAUGAAAAAGUUGUGAUUGAUAAUUGGGACUGUUCAUUUACAGAUGAUAUUAAUACUAUACCUAAAACAACUAACACUGACACUGCAGGUGAGAUGAAUGUCCAAGAUCCAUUUGUAUUAAGUCACAAUAUAACAAUGAAUAUCAACUCCAAACAGAAAAAUGGCUUAAAAAUGCGUCUGACCAUUUCAUCGAGAGAAAUUAAAAAAUGCUUGGAAUCAGAUGAAAAAAAAAUGGCUCUAAUUCGUGCUCUGGAUGUGACCAGUGACUCUUCUGAAACAAUUCACCAUAGUUUCCCUAUAGAUUUAAAACAGGAAGUGACUUCUGAAGAAAAUGUACGUUUGAGUAAUUAUUCAUGGUGUGUUCACGCUUGUCAAUUCGUGGAAAAACUGUUGUCGGAUAUUCUAUAUUUUGAAAUGAACUUGGAACAGAAUAAUAUCAUGUCAGAAGAGGAAUUUCAAAUUCGGUCAGAGGACUUUCAAAUUGGGUCACAUGAUGAUGCUACAAUGGACAUCAACAGCAAAUUUGCUGAACUGGAAGAGGAAAAUUUUACACCAUCUGGUGACACUUUUGCUAACCAAGUAUUAGCAGAUUAUAAUGAAAUAAGUGAGAAACAAACUAAACGUAUUUUAUUAGAAACAGAGGAACAUAGUGCUAAACGAACAAAAACAGACUUAGACAAUCCAGUUUCAUCUACAAGUGGUCAAUUUAAAAAUUCUCCUUAUCUUGAUGCAGAAACUAAAAACUUGCACAAACAAGUUUUGAUUGAGGACUCUGACAUCCAGACAGGAGCUACCCCAUUCGAUAAUUGUGACAAUGAAGCUGCUGGUACUAGCAACCAGAGUGAUAUACCAGAUCUAUUAGAAUACAAUGAUACUUUAACUAGUGAAGAUGACAAUACUAUUACAACUAGUGAAGAUGACAAUACUAUUACAACUAGUGAAGUGGAUGAAAUUGAUUUAGGUGAAAUAGUAUUUAAUUGCCAUGCUGAAAAUGUUCCAUUAGCUGGUAGGCAUAAAGCAGAAAAAGAAAUUAAGAUGGAACAAAUAAUAAAGGACUUGGCGCUGGAGAAAGAAAUAUCUAAGUGUAUCAUGGAACGCGGUGAUUACCAGCCUAUCAAUUUAAAUUUCAAAUGCAUAUUAAAACCCAGUAUUUCAGCCUCUCACACUAGAGUCAAUGUGAGCUUUGAAAGGCCAUUAGAUGAAAAAUCAAGACAAUUUGCGUUUAUUUAUGAUUUUUUAAAGGCCUUUAUUUUAACAAUGUUUAAGAAAGAUUUAAAUAAACAAUAUGAGGGGGACAACCCUGAUCACAUAUAGAUUUACAGUUGUGUGAUAUAAUUAAUAUAAUAAUUAAUGCCAAAUUAUGUAAGCUCAGUCUUUGCUUCAUGAUGUCAAGGUAUCACAAAUUUUAUACUUGUACCUUGACUGCAAUAGCCACCUUUCUUGUAUCAUUGAAGUUUGUAAAUGAACUGAUUUGAUUAGAUUGUACACUAACAAAUACAGCCAAUCUCAGGCUUGACAGAAAGUCUGUGAACACGAAGCCAAAGCCUUUCUGUCGAGGGCUGGGAUUGACUGUACUUCGGUGGCAUACAAUCCAAUCAAAUUACUGCAUUCUGUGAUACAAGAAUAGUGGCUAUUGCAGUCAUGGUAUAAGUAUGAAGGUUGUAAUAGCUUGACAUUGUUAUUAAUCAUGAUGUACCAAAUCAAAGUUGAUUGUGAAAUAUUGUUGAUUGUCAUAUAUUAAUGUUUAAGGGGCAGUCUCAUUUUAGUAGGUUUGGAAAGUUUGGUGAUUACUUAACUAUUAGCACUCCGUGUUUUAAUCAGCCCUUUUAAAACAAAAUUCAGGUUAAUCAAGUAGAUAAAUUAAAGUAAAAAGCAUAUUUUAGAAAUAUUUUCACAUAUAAUUAAUAUUUUUAAUAAUGCAAAUUUUGCAAACUGCCCCUUUGAGAAAUCAAUAUAUGCUGUGAAAGUUUGCUGAAGAUUGCAAGAUAAAGUAUACUGUGGUUUUGUUUUU